GGGGGCGUGGUCCGUUUGAGCCGUGCAGAUAUUCAUGACUGCUCUACUACUCGAGGUUACUCGCUUGGAAUUUCUAGUCCGUGGAAGGAAAGCGUCGUUCGGCCCCUUCAGCGAGCCCUGCUACAGCUCAGAGUGGAGAGAAUAAGCUGACAGCCCGCAGACCGGCCGCGCCAUUAGCUCACGAGCGGAAAAGUCAACAAACACUACUGAGAGCCCUGGGAACCUUGUUGCAGCCUGCCGCGCCCCUGAGCAGCAGCCGAGCGAGCAGUGGCAGAAGACGCAGCGGGAAGGACGCGCCGAUCACCAGCCUGCACGCCGUUCCCGAGCCGACUAGAGCGCAAGUUGGCAUGAUACUUCUCCUCUUCCUCUGUCCUUUCCCCCUUCCUCCGUCCUCUCUCACCCUCCCACUACUCCUCCCUUCUCUCUUAUUCUCCCUCCCUCACCUCCCUCACCUCAGAGCUACCCAGCAGUGCUGAACGAUACCGGACCCUCUCCCUACCACAGUCCUAUGGAGGCACCAGGCAGUGUGAUUAGCACUGAACCUCCUCCUCCUAUCACCGCUACCAAUGGGUCCUUCUACACAAUCACGACGGCUGUGUUUGAGAAGCAGCCGCCGGACAACAUGCGAAAGAGUAACUUCUUCCACUUCGUGCUCCACCUGGCAGACGAGAACCAGGCGCCGAUCGAGGUAGAGAGAGGCAUCUUCAAAGAUUUCCACGACUUUUACGCCAAUGGUCAGGAGUAUAGGAAUGGAUUGGUCUACACUCUCAACUGCCUCUUCCGUGAUGGGACCCGAAAGGAGCAGGAGCUGUGUGUCAGACUUAUUGACUCUUCCACCAAACAACUGAUUCCGUACGAGGGAACUUGCAAAAAUCCAGAUUUCCGGCGAGUUCUUCUCACCCACGAACUGAUCUGCAGUCGUUGCCUGGAGCACCGUUCCUGCGGCAACAAGAACGACACGCCCUCUGAUCCCGUCAUUAUAGACAGAUUCCGCCUCAAGUUCUUUGUCAAGUGUAACCAGAACUGUCUGAAGAAUGCGGGGAACCCAAAGGACUCUCGGCGCCGGUUCCAAGUGGCUCUCUACACACACACCAACGGCACCAUCCCCAUCGGCUGCUCCGAGUCCAUGUUCGUUCACAACAACUCGAAGCACGGACGAAGACAGGCACCGUAUCGGGAGACGUUCGUUGGAGAUGGCAAGCCGUACAUCACCUCGGUGUACCCGACGGAGGGCUGGACGUCUGGGGGAACCAGAGUCUGCAUCGUGGGAAUGAACUUCUUCGAGGGUAUUGAGGUGGUGUUUGGGACGCUACAGGCUUCGGCCGAGGUCCUCAGUCCUAAUGCAAUAGCAGUGAAGACUCCAGUCAGCCCUCGACAUGGUGAGGUGGACAUCACGCUGGUCUUCAAGAACUCCCAAUUCUGCAUCAACAGUCCUGGGAAAUUCCUCUAUAUUGAUCCCGAUGAGGUGUCCUUCGACCACAACUUUGCUCGGUUAGAGAGACUACUGCGAAUGCCUGAAGACACUGAUGAGAUUCCUAAGGACAUACUGCUGAGGCGAGCAGCCGAUGCUCUGGAGGCAUUUUACUCCAUUCCCCGCACACAGCAGCACAUGACCCAGCCAAACCAUGGCUGUUUCCCAACGUACUACCCUCGGUCCCCGGCCAUUUUCACGCCACUUUUCACCCCCCAGUUCAAGAGUCCCGGGUUCCACCUCGUGUCCCCCAGCAAGGGGAUGUUUGGCGGGGACAUGGAACACAAGGAGGAGGGGGGCGGGGGAGGCAGUUACCCCAGUAACCCCGUCAGCCGAUGCAACAGCAACGAGGCCCUCUCCCAGCAACCAGGACAGCCUCAGCAAGUGGGCGGGGCCAUGGAGGGGACAUUUGUUUUCCCUCAAGUUCCGGCGCACGACUCGGGUCUCCAGCAGUCCAGUAUUCAGAAGCCGAAACCGAUUCCUCCGUCUUCGAUGACAGCUCCGAUGUACCCUAUGGCUGCCAUGCCUUACCUCCACUACCACAUGCAGCCUGCGAUGGGGUUCCCAAAGAUGGAGCCUGGGACGGUCCACCCGAACUAUCUGAACCAUGGAGGUGGAGGAGGAGGAGAAGAGGGUGGGAACAGGAAUAACAACAACAGCACUCACCAAGGACUGCAUCCACACCACAUGGGGGGACACCAUCCGGUGCAUUUUGCUCACCACGCGGUCCAUGGGUCUCAGUCUCAUGGCUACAUCAUGACUGGAGCUCCAAGUGUGUCACCUGGACCGAUAGCCGCAGCCACACCAGGCGCCCAGGCCUUCACCUUCAGCACAGCUGGAAUCACUAACCCCUCUCCCAGCAAGGUCCUCCGUGGGGGAGUCGCACUGCCGUCGCCCCAGUUCGGAACCUUUCUCUUCCCUCCCACUACCCCCACCGGUCUUAUUGCACCUAUCAGUCUACCUGAUCUGAAUGCUCCGACUGACUCCUCCCCUUCUGUGUCGUCAACGGCAACAAUGACAGGGGUCCCCACCCCUAACGACGGGACCAGCAGCGGGCAGCACAUGUCCGACGGCGGAAUUGACGCUCCCCCUCCGACCAAGAAGAGCAAGUCUCAGCAGCAGGGAAGCCCGAUUCUCCAGUAGAAAUGAACCACUGCCCAUGUUCUCAUUCAUCUACCCACCACUAUAAUUUAUAGUUUACUGCUAUUCACCCAUGACACCCAUAAGAUUUUUACCGUUUCCGUUUUGUUCGUUUGCAUGUGUGUGUGUGUGUGUCUAGGGUUUUGUAAAAAUUUUGUAACACGGCAGUAACUGCUUGCUGUCCUGGUUUAUAUUGUUUUAUAUACAGAGAGAAUUUUUAUCCCUCAUCUGAAACAUAAGUUAUUUUUGUAUCACUAUUAAUUUUUGCUGCACUA